AUGCGUUCUUCAAAUGGACCAUUAAAAUUAUUUGUUGGUGGUAUAGGUGAUAAUCGUAAAUCUGAUUUAAAUCGUUUAUUUAGUAAAUAUGGUGAAAUAUCAACAAUAUAUAUUGAUGAAAAUAAACAUUUUGCUUUUGUUGAAUUUAUAUCAUCAAUUGAUGCACAACGUGCAUUAGAACAUACACAUAAUAAAAUUGUAAAUGGUUCAAAACUUCGUGUUGAAUAUGCUAAAUCAGAUAAAGUAUCACGUGAUAAUCGACGUUCAUUAUCUCGUGAUCAUUCACCAACAUCGACUUUAUAUAGUCAUUUACAGGUAACAGCUAAUCGUUUACCAUCUAUGCAAAUGUUUCGUCAAAGUUAUUAUCAACAUUAUCCAUUAACAAUGACAACGAAUCCUAUGACGACAUCUCGUGGUCGAUCUUUAACACCACCAUCAUUUAAACAAAAUGCUUGUUUACCACCGAUGCAUCAUUUGCGAUCACAAGAUUUAUAUUAUCAUCAUCCAGCUAUUUACAGUGAUCCAAAUUAUUAUCGAACAUAUGGUGAUCCAUAUUUAAUGCAACGACUACCACCACCAGUUUUUCUUCCUUCAACACCACCACCAUCAUCAUCAUCGUCAUCAUCAUCACGUGCCUAUAGAAAUAUGUAUUCAUCAUCUGGUAUUAAUCGUGAUACGUCAAAUAUAUCUACAUCAUCACAUCAUAGACGAAGUCGUAGUCGGCACAGAAAUUCACUAUCAUAUCGAAAUCGAUCUAGUCGUGAACAAAAACAUAAAAGACGAACAUCGUCAUCAUUAUCAUCAUCAACACAUGAACAAAAAUGUGAACGUGGACCACGAACACCACCAUCUAAAUCAUCAACACAUCGUUCUAGGAAACGGUAA